UAGAUGGAACAUGCCCCCCUCCAAUGUUUCCACGCUGCUUCUACUGAACUUUCCUCCCAGAUUUCCUUUUCCCUCCUCGGCCAGCUCCUCCCUCCUUCAGCAACCACCCCAACCUGACUUGGCCGCUGCUCUCAGCAUUCCUUUUCUUUCUGCCCUUCUCUUUGGAUUUCUUUCAUUUUCUCUCCCCUUCCCCGCUGUCUCCAGUCUCCAUCUUUCCAGCUGUUCUCCUCUUUGGUCCUGUCCUCCUACAAAGCCACACCCCUCCGGACAAGUGCCCAAGAGUUUGGUAAUUUUCUCAAAGUCAACAGCAACAACAACAACAACAACAAGUGAGCUCCAGAGGCGCCAGAACAGAAGUUCAGCCCGCGGAGCGAAGAAAGGCCCGCCCGCCGCCGGCUCAGGCCCCACCUGCCAGGAAGCCUGGGUGCCUGGCCGCGGACCUCACCACUGUCCGCAGGACGCGCGCGGCGGGACCAGCCCCGGUGGCCGCAGGUUCAUGCACAGCAUUUUGGACAGGAUGCUUGGUGCCGCGAACCCAGAGCCAGUUUGCUGAAUUACUGUCCAGGCCCCUUGAGUCUCUGGGAAGGUCUGCAGGUGCCUCCAAGUGCCAGCUCAGGUCGAGUCAGCCCAGGAAGCUGUUUUCAAGGGCUUCUGUCACGGGUGUAAAAGACUCCAGCCCUGCAAAGAUGCUGAAACAGAUACUGUCCAAGAUGUACAUAGACCCUGAUCUGCUGGCAGAGCUCAGUGAAGAACAGAAACAGAUCCUGUUCUUCAAGAUGAGGGAGGAGCAGGUCCGCCGAUGGAAAGAAAGAGAAGAAGCAAUGGAAAAAAAGGAGUCCUUGCCAGUGCAACCCAGGCCAAAGAAAGACAACGGCAAAUCCGUCCAUUGGAAACUGGGAGCUGAUAAGGAGGUCUGGGUGUGGGUGAUGGGCGAGCACCAUCUCGAUAAGCCCUACGAUGUGCUCUGCGAUGAGAUUCUUGCCGAGCGGGCGCGGCUGAAAGCAGAGCAGGAGGCUGCAGAGCUCAGAACAUCUCAGUCCAGAGAAUCUACCGGCAGCUUGAAAACAAAGUCACAGGCCUCUGAUGUGCAAGCACCAGGUGACAAGGAGAGUCGGGUGGGCAAGAAGGCGGCAGAGGAGGGGGGACAGGGGCGAGGCUGUGGGCCAGCUCCAUCCCCCGAAGAGCAGAAAACUCCUUCACCCUCCAGUUCCUCAAGAAAUAUUCAACAAAUGUUGGCAGAUUCCAUCAGUCGGAUGAAAGAAUAUGGAUUUCUCCAGAAGAAAGAGUCCGUGAAGAAAACACAAGAUGAAGAAAUAAAACAAAUAGAUGAAGAGAGAACUAAGCAGAUUUACAAGAACUGGAAGGAAGAUUCGGAGUGGCAGGCCUCUUUGCGAAAAUCCAAAGCAGCUGAUGAGAGGAGGCGCUCCCUCGCCAAACAGGCGAGGGAAGACUACAAGAGGCUGUCCCAAAGAGGGAGAGGCAGCGAGGGGCUGCAGAGCCCCCCAGGAGGCCCCCAGAAACCCAGGAGGCCCCCACUUCCACCCAAGCCUCAGUUCCUGAGCCCAACCGGACACCCCCACAGACCCCUCAGAAACCAGGGAGUGAUGAGGACGGAGUCCAGCUCUGCUCAGGAGGACAUCGUGCGCUGGUUCCGGGAGGAACAGCUGCCCCUGCGGGCAGGCUACCUGGCGGCCUCAGACAGCAUCGCUCCCUGGUUCCACGGAAUUCUCACGCUAAAGAGAGCGAAUGAGCUGCUAAGCUCAUGCCAGCCGGGCAGCUUUCUGAUCCGGGUCAGUGAGAGGAUCAAGGGCUACGCCCUGUCCUAUCGGUUGGAGGACGGCUGCAAACACUUCCUCAUCGACGCCUCCACGGACUCGUACAGCUUCCUGGGUGUGGACCAGCUGCAGCAUGCCAGCCUGGCCGACCUGGUGGAGUAUCACAAGGAGGAACCCAUAACUUCCCUGGGGAAGGAACGCCUUCUGUACCCCUGUGGCCAGCAGGAACAGCCGCCAGACUACCUGGAGCUCUUUGAGUGAUAGCCCCCUUCGUGUCACCCUGCUGCUGUGUCACCCUCUGGACAGAUGCCAUUGAAAUGGACACUUGUGUGUGAAGCCAAAUUGCCCUGCAGCAAACUGAUCUGAUCAUCUGAAAGGAUCCUCGGAGAUGCCCAGAGAUCUUCUCUGCACAAAUUCUGGGCCUUAAUGCCAAGAGGGGCUUACCUCUGGGUCAUAUGCAAUCUAGAAGUAAAGGGAGAAGAACCUCAUUUCAGCAGCCCUAACGUGACCCCGCAAAGGCACACGGGAAAAAUAGGAACCUUUUUAGGAAUUAAGGUGAACCUCCAAACCAGAACUCCCGUGACCUCAACCCUCCCUCUCUGCCUCAUCUCAGAGGGCCUCAGGGUCCUGUUUAGAUGUAGCUGCAGGGUGGUUUGGGGGAGCUGAGCUGACACCCACCUUGCUUACUGUGCCCGUGGGCUCCAGGGUGUAAAUCACGUAGGAAAACACAAGUUGGGGAUGUUGUGAACUGAAUGAAGAGUUUGAGGAUGUAAGAUGAGAGGCUUAACAUGUACAGAAAUGUUCUGGACGGUCCGCAGGAGCUCAGGGACACUGUCCGAGGUGGCACCUGGCUCUGGGGGAGCUGUAUGGGGCUCCCUGAGGGUCUGGCUCUGCCCAGACCACGUGGGUGAAGCCGUGCAUGCCUGUGGGUGCUAUGGCAACAGAUAGACAAAGGCGGAGGAGUGGGCUCUUUAAAGGACACUACUUGCUGUGGGUUUAACUGUGUCCUCAAAAGGAACGUCGAAGUCCUGCCCUGUAGCUGUGAUUGUGCCCUUAUUUGGAGACAGUCUCUUUGCAGAUGUAGCCAAGUCAAGAUGAGGAAGAUCAGAUUAGGAAGUUCCCCAAAGCCAGCGACGGGCUUCUCUGUAGGGGGAGAGGGAUCUAGAAGCUGGCACAUGCGCAGAGGGGAGGUGGCCUUGGGACCACAGAGGCAGAGCCCCAGUGACCAGUCACGAGUUGCCAGCUGAGGUCCUGGGGGCGGGAGGGGAGCAUGACCCUGUGGACACUUCUAGCCUCCAGAACAAUGAGAGAAUAAACUUCUUUUGUCUUAA